ACCCAUUCUUUUACCCAAGGCUCUUCCCUUCAUGUCCUCUUCCUUCUGGCUCGUCGUUGGUUAAUCUUUGUUGGAGAGGCUCGGUACUUCUUCCACGGCAAUGGCAAGGCUCGAGUUCGCGAUAGCGAUAGCGUUCGCUUUAACGCUUCUUGCGCUUUCAUCAACGGCUUCUGCAGCUAUCGUCGAACACACCUUUCACGUGAAAAACUUAAAGGUGAGUAAGCUAUGCCACCGGUCAAUGAUAACAGCGGUAAACGAGAGCCUGCCGGGCCCAAACAUCAACAUAGAGGAAGGGGACACCCUCCACGUUCACGUCAUCAACCAGUCCCCUUACAACCUCACCAUCCACUGGCAUGGAGUGCUUCAACUGAUGACUGGCUGGGCGGAUGGACCCUCUUACGUGACCCAGUGCCCGAUCCUUCCGGGAUCAAGCUACACAUACAGGUUCACGAUCGCGAAGCAAGAAGGAACCCUCUGGUGGCACGCCCACGUCUCGUGGCUUCGAGCAACUGUGUAUGGGGCACUGAUCAUUCGUCCUAGAUCGGGCCACAACUACCCGUUCCCCAAGCCUCAAGGAGAAGUCCCCAUUCUUCUUGGUGAGUGGUGGAACGCCAAUGUCAUUGAUGUCGAGAACGAAGCUCUGGCGACUGGCGCGGCGCCAAACAAUUCUGAUGCUUAUACAAUCAACGGAAGGCCCGGUGACCUUUACCCUUGCUCUCAGACCGAUACCUAUAAGUUGAAGGUGCAGCAGGGAAAGACCUACUUGCUGCGCAUAAUCAACGCUGCACUCAAUAACCAGCUUUUCUUCAAGAUAGCCGAUCAUAAGAUGACCAUCGUCGCAGUGGAUGCAGUUUACACUAAACCUUAUGUCACUGAUGUCGUGCUCGUGACGCCGGGCCAAACAACUGACGUCCUUCUAACAGCCAACCAGGCCCCAGGAGCCUACUACAUGGCGGCCCGUCCGUACAACAGCGUACCCAUUAAUGUGCCAAUCAAUAACAGCACAACCAGAGGGAUCAUGGUGUACGAGAACGCGCCAUUGGCAUCUACGACUCCCAAGAUGCCCUCUCUCCCCCGCUUGAACGACACAGCCACAGCCCACAGGCUCAACAGUAACCUGACCAGCCUCGUUGGCGCCCCCCAUUGGGUGCCAGUGCCACGUGAUGUUGACGAGCACAUGUAUGUGACUGUCGGACUGGGGCUCGAGCUGUGUGAAAAGAAUCGGACUUGCGGGGGAGUAAACGGGCAGAAGUUCUCGGCUAGCAUGAACAACCAUUCCUUCCAGUUCCCUACCAAACUAUCCAUGCUAGAGGCAUUCUUUUUCAACGUGAAAGGGAUCUACACCACCGACUUCCCGAGCAAGCCACCAGUGAAGUUCGACUAUACGAACAUGACCAACAGCAACAACGCGGCUCUCUUGUUCGCUCCCAAGAGGACCAGCGUGAAGAAGGUGAAGUUCAAUGCGACAGUAGAGAUGAUACUGCAAGACACAUCCCUGAUUACGCUUGAGAACCACCCGAUGCACCUCCAUGGGUUCAAUUUCCACGUGCUCGCACAAGGGUUUGGCAACUUCAACCCCAGAACGGAUCGUAAGAAAUUUAACCUCGUUGACCCGCAAAUCCGCAACACCAUUGGAGUGCCGGUCGGAGGAUGGGCUGCCAUCAGAUUCACAGCCGAUAAUCCAGGCGUAUGGAUCAUGCAUUGUCAUCUGGAUGUCCACCUGCCGUUGGGUUUUGCCACCGCCUUCGUGGUGGAGAAUGGGCCGACUGCGGCGACUACGCUGCCCCCUCCACCGAAAGAUCUUCCCAAGUGUUAGGAGAUGUUUUGGGAGAACCGCGCGCCCCUAAAAUUAAGGAGCUGGUCUAUUAUUGAUUUCUAUUUGUUCGUCUUCAUAAAUCCAUCUUUGUUCGUAGUUUGCGAUUCGGCUUUGCUCCAGUUGAUUAAUUCGUUGCAAUAAUUACGUUGAUGUGAUUUUGUUUUUUUUGACUUGAUGUGAUGUAUUUUCUCCAUAUCAGUACAAUGCCAAAAUUCUUCAAUUCAGCCAUUGAAUCCCCAAA